UAUAUUUUAUCGAUAAGUCUGCGGUCACACUGAUCGCAAGCAGCUGCCGGUUCCCGCGCAUUUUUCGGCAAAAUAAAUCUUGAUCUACGUUUUUUCGCUAUUUGGUUUUCACUCGCAUUAAAACCAUCGUAGCGACAACGUUGUACCGACCACAGGAAUCUGCAAGAAAACGUGUCCCUAACAGAGCAGGCGUAAUUUACAUUUGUUAGUUUUUGUGACUAAAUUUGUGAAAUUUUGAAGCUCGAUUUUUGAAACAUCAUACAAACAAAAAUGUCGCGACGCAAGGCCGUAACGAACAACAACAAUGCCGGCGAGGCAGAAGCACAGCCCACCUUGGCCAAAAGGGCGCGCAUUGCUUUCAGCCUGGAUAUACCCAAGCGACGCCAGACUGUGGGCACCGUGCUGGUUUGCGGCACGGGCGACUUCGGACAGCUUGGCUUGGGUGAGGAUAUCCAGGAGCGGAAGCGCCUUGCAGUGGUUGAGAACAUCCCAAAUCCUGUGGAUGUUUGCGCUGGUGGCAUGCAUAGCCUCGUGCUGACGGAGAAUGGCGAUAUCUACUCCUUUGGCUGCAACGACGAGGGCGCCUUGGGGCGAGAUACCAGCGAGGACGGCAGCGAGUCGGUGCCCGCUUUGGUCCAUUUGCCCGGCAAAGCAGUGCGCAUCUCGGUGGGAGAUUCGCACUCUGCUUGCAUAUUAGAAGACGGCAGCGUCUAUGCUUGGGGAUCGUUCCGCGAUUCGCACGGAAACAUGGGCUUGACCAUUGAUGGGAACAAGCGCGUACCCGCCAAUCUUUUGGCGGGAACUGUUUGCAGCAGCAUUGCCUCGGGCUCCGAUCACUUGGUUAUAUUAACCACCAGGGGAAAAGUGUACACGGUCGGAUGCGCUGAGCAGGGCCAGCUGGGACGCAUUUCAGGGCGUUCAGUGGGCGGAGAGGGUCGCCGCGGCAAGCGCGAUUUGCUGCGACCGGACCAGCUAAUCGUGAAUCGAACCAAGCCAUUCGAGGCCAUAUGGGCUACAAACUACUGUACGUUCCUUCGGGAAUCCCAAACAGAAGUUAUUUGGGCCGUCGGCUUGAACAACUUCAAGCAGCUGGCUUACGAACAAGAUGAGGAUCUGAUUUUACAUCCGAUUAAAACUGCUCUUAAAGACAUCAAGCAGAUUUCUGGUGGUAUACACCAUACACUGUUUCUGAAGAAUGAUCAACGAUGCUAUGUCGUUGGUCGUCCAGAGUAUGGACGCCUGGGCCUGGGCAGCAAGCAGGAUGUGGUGGACCAAUUAACGCCCGCUAAUAAUCUGUCUGACAAUAUUGUGCAUGUUGGAUGUGGCGAAAUCUCUUCAUAUGCCAUUACUGCAGAUGGCAAGCUAUAUUCGUGGGGCAUGGGCACCAACUACCAGCUGGGUGUAGGCGAUGGCGAUGAUGAACUAGAGCCAGUACUUGUCAGUGGCAAGAAUACCCAAAACCGAAAGAUGCUGCUUGCAUCGGGCGGUGGCCAGCAUGGUCUGUUUUUGGGUGAGGCUGAUGCGAAGGAACUAAAGGAAAAAAAUAUACCAGCAGCAGCCACAAGCAGCAAGACGGACAAUAUUCCCCUUCCUUCUCCAAUUACAACGGUGGAAACUAUUAAAGGUCAAAAGGGACACUCCAAAACUCCACCGAAGAAAGCCACUUCCAAGCGCGGAGCUCCUGAUGCGAAGAAUGAAAAGGAAAUUGUGCCUGCAGCAGCCAUGAGCAGCAAGAAGGAAAAGUCUGCUUCUCCUCCUCCAACUUCAACUAAGGAAACCGCCAAAGGAGGAAAGGGAAACUCCAAAACUCCGCCGAAGAAGGCCGCUGCCAAGCGAGGAGGAUCCAAAAAGAUUAAAUCUUAAGAAUAGUUGUAUAAAAGUUGACUACCCCCAAUUGUUUUUUGACCGCAUUAAGUUGUCUUACGCUUAUCCUACUUAAGAAAUGGUUCGAUUCGUAAGAUACAUACGAUACCAUCCUGGAGAAUUUGAUGUUCAACUUUAUGAUAACUUCUCCGAGAUGGUAUUGUAAGCAUCUUACGGGUCGAACCAGGAGUUAAGUUGGAUAAUCGUAAGACAAAACUUUAGUAAAUUUUGUAUUUAAAUGGAAACAUGUUAGAAAAUGAAACAAGUUUAAAUUUGAUUUACUUACUAA